UGACCCUCCCGCCUCCCGCAAGGGUACCCGCCGCCGCCGCAGCUCCCGGGGCGGAGACGCGAGCUCUGGGUCGCUCGGCGGCUCCUGUUGGGUCGGCGGCGUGACGGACUCACUGCGGCGUGUCGUCCGCGCCGCCAAGCUCGUAGCGCGCCCGCCCUCCCGGCCGGCCGGCCGGCCGAGCUCCCGCUUGCGUCCCCCGGCUGGUCCGGGAGAUCCAGGCACCGCUUCGACGGCGGCUUCGCCGGACCCGCGACCCCGGUCGCAGCCCGCGGCCCGAGCGGACGGCGUCAUGAGGCACCUGCCGUAUUUCUGCCGCGGCCAGGUGGUGCGGGGCUUCGGCCGUGGCUCCAAGCAGCUGGGCAUCCCUACAGCUAACUUUCCGGAACAAGUAGUUGACAAUCUCCCAGCUGAUGUAUCCACUGGCAUUUAUUAUGGUUGGGCCAGUGUUGGCAGUGGAGAUGUUCAUAAGAUGGUGGUGAGCAUAGGAUGGAACCCGUACUACAAAAAUACAAAAAAGUCCAUGGAAACUCAUAUCAUGCAUACCUUCGAAGAGGACUUCUAUGGGGAAAUCCUCAAUGUGGCCAUCGUUGGCUACCUCAGACCUGAGAAGAACUUCGAUUCUUUAGAGUCCCUUAUUUCAGCAAUUCAAGGUGAUAUCGAGGAAGCCAAGAAACGACUAGAUUUACCAGAACAUUUGAAAUUGAAAGAAGAUACUUUCUUCCGGGUUCCUAAAAGCAAAAUAAUGAAUGGCCACUGAUGAAAAAUCAUCUUACCCUUAUUUAUUCAUUCACUGUGUUCUCGUAUCUCACUACUCAUAACUCCUCAGUUGUUAUAUUUUAAAAAUCAGACAUUUCCUACGGCUGUGAAUUAAACAGUACGAUGUACUUACCACA